AUGUCUACAUUUCUCUCUUCGCGAAUAUUGACUCGUGAGGCAAUGCGUUGUUCACGUCGCACACUCUCUACGACAUCGCGGUGGUCUGCAGACCCAUGGCCCCUUCCGCAUACCCCACAACAUCUCUCCAACACUCAGACACCCUCUGAUAUCCCACCACCUACUCCCAUUCCACGCUCUGGAGAGUCCAAGGAGACGUUGCGUGCAAGACUAGUCUAUCAGAGCAGGAAGCGCGGAACUUUGGAGAGCGAUCUUCUGUUGAGUACGUUCGCAAGGGAUCACCUGAAGCAAAUGGAUGAGACAGAAUUGAAAGAGUAUGACAAGCUACUCGACGAACCGGACUGGGACAUAUACUAUUGGGCGACUGAAGGUCGCACACCACCUGAGCGGUGGGUGAAGUCUCCCGUGCUGGAGAAGCUCAGGAUACAUGCAAGGAAUGAGGGAAAAGUUGUGCGCAAGAUGCCUCCGCUGUAG